AUGCUUUUAAAUAUUCAGAAUAUCUUUAUGUUAUAUGCCAUCCAGACUGUGAAUAUCAAGGGAAAGACAGGAAAGAAAGAAAAAACAGGCUACACCCAAGAAUUGCGUAUGAAAUGCAUUCAUUUGAUCGGUAGAUCCCUUCAAAAAAUUUACAGAAAACACGUUAGGAGAAUCGAAACAUACUGUACAAAGAUUACCCAUAAUAUAUUUUAUCUACAAAUACACAAGCGUUUCUGUGUCUCUGUGAGCGAGUACGAGUACGAGUACCAAGUACUCAAAGUAACAAUUCUCUUUUUCUUAAGAAAAGAAGAAACUAUUCGCAGUCAUUUAGCUCCAACUGGUCGAAUUACCCAAGUUCAUCAUAUUACCGCGCAAUAA